AUGCCGCGCAUAAUUACAAUACGUUCAAGAUUUGCUGUUAUUGGAUACACGCCCGCCCUGGUGCGCAUUUACGAAGAUCACCUAAAAAGCAACAUCGAGGAUUUGAGUGUCAAGCAGCUAUGUUUGAUAGGCUGGAGUUAUGCAAAGAGCAACGUCUACUUCCAGGAGCUGUUCGAUCGCAUAGCCGAGGCAUACUUUUAUCGGGAUGAUCGGGGCUCUCUAACCGAUGUUGCGCUCCUGCUCUGGAGUUUUGCAAAGGUUGAGAGGCGCGUUCCGCACGAAAUAGGCGCGCUACGUGGAGUCGUGCUGGGCACACUGCAAUCGUUGCUAUCGGCACUGCGGGACCCAGACUGCGAUCUGGACGAGAUUUCGCGCAUAUACAUGGAUAAGGAUCGCAUGUUCUACAGCAAUGUGACCCACGACCUGUGUAUGUCUGCGAAGGCCUUGGCAGUGCUCGUGCCUCGCGACCGGGACACUGUUCAGCAACUCGUGGAGCAACUGCUGGAGCUAUCUCGGCUCGGGAAACUUUCCCUUACCGCACAGGGCAUAACAAGCCUAUGGGAGAGUCUAUGUCUAGCCGGCAUCUCCGAGCCCUCCGUUGUUGACGAGCUGUGCGAAGCUUCGCGCUAUUUGCGCUUGGAUCACUCGUUCAACUCAAAUAUGCUUAGCGCUAUUUUAUCAAGCGUUCGUACUUUAGGAAUCCGGGAUCCGCGAAUCGUCUACCAGAUCGCGCACUGGCUGGAGAAGCGUGCAGUGCAGAUGCACGCGCCACAGAUGUACAGCGCGAUAUGUAACCUGGAUGCACUGCGCAUUUAUCACGACAAGGCGUGGAAGCAAUUAGGCGUGGUAGUGCAGAAGAAGGGCAUAGACUUGGAGUUGAGCGAUAUCCGCCACCUCUACAACAUUUUCAAGCGCAACGGAAAGGGCAACGACCGUAUAUUCGGCAUCCUGGAGCACUUUAUGAGCUGCAAGGAGGACAUUGAGCGGUACGGCCCUUGCUGA